GGCCGGAACAGCUCACGAGCAUGAACGACCCCUUGGAAUGGUACUACGAGAUCCCGGUGAUCAGCCGCCUGUACCUCACGGGCGCCUUCCUCACGACGGCAGCGUGCGCGCUCGAGCUCAUCUCGCCCUUCUCGCUCUACUUCAACUUCAACCUCAUCUUCUACCGCGGCCAAGUGUGGCGGCUUCUGACCAACUUCCUCUUCUUUGGCCUCUUUAGCCUUGACUUUCUCUUCCACAUGUACUUCCUCGUCCGCUACUCGCGCAUGCUCGAAGAAGGCUCGUUCCGCGGGCGCACGGCCGAUUUCCUCUACAUGAUCCUCUUUGGCGCCGCCUUUAUGAUCCUCGUGGCGCCGUUUGUGAGCGUCCACUUUCUCGGGUCGUCGCUCACGUUCAUGAUGGUGUACAUCUGGGGCCGCCGGAACGAACACACGCGCCUAAGCUUCCUCGGGCUCUUCCCGUUCACGGCGCCGUACCUUCCGUGGGUCCUCCUCCUCUUCUCGAUGGUGCUCGGCAACAGCGCGACGAUCGACUUGAUUGGUAUCGUCGUCGGCCAUAUCUACUACUUCUUCGAAGACGUCUACCCGGCGAUCGCCGACAUUCGCGGCUGGCGCGUCCGCCGCGUGCUCAAGACACCUGCCUUCGUGAAAUUCCUCUGCAACCCGCAUGCGUUUACGGUGAUGGGCCAGCCGAAUGUCAUCAACGACGUGCCAGUCGAGAACGCUGGCGUCGACGGCCACUUGCACCACGAGUAGCGACGUUGCUGGAUCGAAUUUGGAUGCUAAUCGAUUGCAUAUCCCU